AUGAACGUUACACAAGAGUUUUGCCGAGCCACCACGAAUAAUAUUGCUAGAGCUGUCCGAAGAGUAGUUAAAAUUGUAAAAGAAAAACAACAAGAAGCAAUUGACGAGCUUACCGAAAAAUUCAAUACUGCUUUGGAAAUUUCG